ACCCUUGAAUACGUGCCAUACCGCACGGUCCGUGAACUUCAAAAGUCUUGGUAUCUUCGUAGUGCACUCGUAGGAAAGACACCUGCGCUAUUCGUGGUUACACGAGUUCUAUUCCUGCUCCCUUGGAAAUAUGUCUGUAUCACUCUGUAGUUUGCUUCCCUUUGGAAAAUAGGUUUUACUGAGGGGCAUUGGAGCUUUUCUUCUAUACGUAGCUCGUGCCCACAUACAGAACACAAAGUGAAGGAUUUCAGGAAUUUUAGGCUCUCUAGAAGAUUCGCCUGGAGGUACGACACUUAAACGAAACUCUAAAUAUUAGUGACUCGCUUGUGAAUCUGACCAUCAGAAACUAGUUGGGUUUAACUACGGGCAGUCGCGCAGAGCGUUCCAAGACAGGUAAAUACGUAUUUUGAACAUACAAUGCCGGCUCAAGAAGAAGAUGAAGAAGAAGAAAAAUAGAAAUUUUUCCCGCUAUACGACCCCACGUGUUUCGUGUUCAAAGCGUUCUAUCCAUUUGAGUGUUGUUCUGGAUUCAGUUCUUCACAAUUGUGAGUAAUAACCGUAGUACAGGAAGUAUAAACUGGCACUCCUGAAUUUACACAUAUAGUAGGUUACUUUUAAAUGGACGUCUGUUUAUGUGAAAUGAAAUCCGUGUACUUGUUGGAAACCAAGGAGACGCUUACCAAUCACUAGGAGUUCCCUUUCACGAACAUCAGCAUUCUAAAGUUCAUCUUGUAAAUAAUGAAGAAAGGCACAUGGCACGAAUUUUUAUGGCAAUGUUGUUUUUAUUUCUGUGCUCUUUGCCGUUAGAGACUGGGCUAAUAGAAUGUCCUUAAGUAGAUAAACAGCAGUUGUAAAGCAUUCUGGUCUGGAUAGACCGAAAACGGUGUUUUUUGUCAAUAUAUUAGUACAGCGAGAGAAACGCAUCCUAACGUGAUACAUAAUUAUUUGUCCUUUACUUUCGCCACGCCAUCUGUGAUACCAGCGAUUUCAUUUCCAACUUCACCAAAAUAUGUUAAUAUACAAUUAGAAAGGAAUACCGGUGGCAAAACGAUACUUUUGUUCAGCCUGUUAGUGUCUGUUGAACAUGAUAAUUAGCGUUUCUUGUGGGUUGUGUUCCCUAGAGGUAUGGCUUACUGCGGUAAGACGCUAGUCUUGACUUACCUGGAAGAAAGGGCAGCUCUGAGGUUGCUGGAAAGUGUAAGAGGUGUAGAAGUUUCAUGUGGGGAUCGUCUAAGCCAGAUGACCAAAACAUACAAUGAUAUUGAAGCAGUGAGAGCAUUACUCGAAGAGAAAGAAAAAGAUCUAGAAUUAGCAGCACGUAUUGGUCAGUCCUUGCUUGAAGAAAACAAACAGCUAACCCAAAAAAACGAAAUCCUGGAGCAAGAACUAGCGAAUGCCAAUGAGACAAUAACACAGCUAAAACGUGACCUAGCAACUAAGAUCAGUUUACUCCAGAUAUACUCUCAAGACCUUGAUGGAUUUUCUGAACCAACUACACCUACUGAACAAAAGGGCCAUGACUUGGAGUUGCUCCAUAGAAAAGUUCAUGAUCUUGAGGAAAAGAAUUUCCAGCUUCGAUCAGAGGUUGAUCUGCAGGAGGCAACACUUGAGGAGGAAGAGAAGAAAGAAAUGCAGAUUAUACAAGACUUUGUUAAAGAGAUCUCCGAAGCUAAAAAACAAAUCACUUUACUUCAAGAAGAGCUCAGUAAAAAGUCGGAGGAUUGCUUCCGACAACAAGAAGAUGUGACACAUGUUUUGUCCCAAAUUGUGGAGUUUCAGCGUGAAAUUCGCUCACUAUCUGCUGAAAAUGAGGAUCUUCGAGAGAGCCUGCAAGCAUCAAAGGAUAAUCAAACAACACUUUUGAGUGAACGAAAUGAACUGAAAGACAAAUACUUUGAACUUUUGAAUGCCUUUCAAGAAGUUCAGGAGGAAAAUAAAAAGGUUUGUCGUACUCAUCUGCCCAAUGCCAAACGUUGGAAUUACAGCAUGUAUACACCAUAUGUAAACCCCGAUUCUUUAGCCUCAGAACUGGAGAGCUCUCUUGGCAGAGAUAGUGAAGGUUAUGCUUCAGAUGAGUUACUUUCGCACAGUAAACGUGUAUUCCAAACUGUAAAAUAUGCAGGAAAGUCCAAAUCAGAUCGUCAACGUCGAAACACUGGACAGUUGGAGUCAACACCACAGCAGAAACGGACAAGGUCAUCGCUGUCUUUAAGUUACUUAUCUUCCUCAUCUUCUUGCUUUAAUGAUAGUUUUACAUCAGACUCGGAGUCCCUUUAUGCAGAAAGCUGCCACACCGACGAUGAAAGUCGCUACUCCUCAUUCAGUAGCUUAGGGAGACCUGGUGCCCCAGGGUCAACUGAUUUCGAGGUAGCCUUGUCUCGACUAGGAGACCAGGAUGACUUUGCAGCAGUUUUACGAUCAGGAGACCCAGUAAAUGAACCCAGCACCACUGAAGAUGAAAUGUCAAAGCUAAACUACGACUUUUCUGGGAACAGUGAACUUUUACGUAGACUGAGUAUAAUAUCUGGAAGUACCAACCGUAGCUACCACAUGCCUGAAAAACUACAGAUCAUCAAGCCACUAGAAGGUUCACAAACUCUCCACCACUGGCAACGACUAGCAACACCCCAUCUCGGUGGUAUCUUUGAGACAAGACCAGGGAUACAAAUAAAAGGAGAAGUUCAUCUGCCUGAACUAGAACCCGAUACUUUCACAUUAAGUGACUUUGAGGAGGAUGAAGCGUAUUACCAACCAGGAAAGAACAAUGUAGAAACUUCAUCCACUUACACCUUCACUAAUUCAACAGUUAUGUAUCCCUUAAAUCAGAACCAGAUUUUUUCCAGCUCCUCCGCACCUGAAGCGGUCGAAACUCGAGUAGUGCAGUGUAUGGAGAUAGAAUCAAAUGCAGUGAUAAAUACAGAGGAAUCUCUAAACUUCUCCAAAAGCAAAACCUCACCUGGUCUAAGUACGUUACAUCAGGAGCAAAGAAUACGUGCUAUUGUACCAUCUGUUGACUGUUCUGGACAUGACGUGGUGGCAGCACCAGCAUCUUCUGAUCCAGCUCCAACUGCUCUGAAAUGUGGGCUAUUUCCUACUUUAACAACACACAGUACAGCAAGCCACUCCCAGAAUACUCCAUGGCAGUCUUUUCAAGUGAGCAACACUCCUACCACCACCACCAUCCACACAACUUGCACCACCCCUACACCUGUCAUUCAUAACACAGUAUCUCCAGGAAAUCUGAUAGAAAACCUUAAUGUUGUUAGUAUAACAAAGAAAGCCUUAACUGCAGAAACAACCAGGUCAAUGUUUUCUAGUAAAUUACCAGUGUUCUGCAUUCCACGAUUCUCCAACUUGUAUGGUUUAACCACUGUUCCAGACAACUCACCUUUAACCCUGUCCUACAAACAGAAUUGUGAUGAAGAUGACAUUUCCACAGAAAACAUAGAUCUGGAUCUUCAAUGUGAGGAACAGAAGAUAGAAGAUAACCUUGAACAUCAUGAAACCAUAUUUCUUCCUCACAACUGGGGUCAUGUUCCACCUUUUUCUUUUAAAACCGCUAAUCCCAUAUUUCAGAUUUAUAACCCAGGGGUUGGGGGUUCUUAUGUGGGAUUACUUAGUACACUCCAUGCUCUGAGGAAGGGGGGUUUUACAUAGACAUUCUUUAACCUAAUAGAGGUUUUUGAAUAGACGUUGUUUAAUCCAGUAUAUUACUUACAUGUGUAUUCUUUAAGUAAACCAAGAAUUAUACAAGUAUUCUUUAAACCAGUAAAAAUUUCACAUAAGUAUUGUUUAAUUCAGUAGAGGAUUUGUGUAGAUAUCCAUUAAAUCAACAAAAGUUUUGUACUGGUAUUCCUUAAGCUAACAUAAAUUCAUAUAGGUAUUUUUUAAGUCAACUGCAGUUUCACAUAGAUAUACCAGAAACAAACAGAAGUCUUAUGCAAAGUAUACCUUAAGCCAACAGAGGGUUUACAAAGGUGUUCCUUAAGCCAACACAAUAUUACGUAGUUAUCCUUUUGAGUCAACAGCAGUUUUAAAAUGUUUUUCUCAAAUUUAAUAGAAAUUUUCGAGAAUAUUAUCUGGACCAACAUAGGUAUGUGUCAAUAAGGCACUAUUCACAAAAAUCUUUGACACUCUUUGAAACUUAGUUCCAAAAACAUGAAGUCAACAAGUGUACCAUUAAAUCAUAGUUAGAACAACAUGUACGAGUCCGUUGCAUCAUAAUUCAGUAGUUGAAAACUUUCCUUCAUUUCUACGCUUCACCCCCCCUCCCUCCCGCAGAAUUCUAGCAAAAAGUUCUUAUGAUGUCUGACAAACGGUAAUAACGAAACCUGUUUUAUGAAGAAGAAAA